UAAUUGUAUGUUUUUCUGUGAAAUCUGUUGAAUUUGGCAACUUGAGGAAAAAGCUACAUAGUGUAUACCAACCUAAUCAUGAUCAGUGAAAAUGCAUGUACUACAAGCGAGACAGACAUCGUGGUAGUGAUUUUAAUUUCCUGUUUCUCAGGACCCCAGCCAUUGAUCUGCUGUCCUCCAUCAGGACCCCAGGUGUGCCCACCACGUGCUAAACCCACCCCACCUCCACCGAACAGGAAAAGGAAGAGAUCUCACACGACAGCUGACUGCAGAGAAAAACAGACCUGUGACAUACGACUGAGGGUGCGUGCGGAGUACUGUCAGCACGAGUCGGCUCUACAAGGAAACGUCUUCUCCAACAAGCAGGAGGCGCUGGAGAGGCAGUUUGAGCGGUUCAACCAGGCCAACACCAUCCUCAAAUCCCGUGACCUGGGUUCCAUUAUAUGUGACAUCAAGUUCUCAGAGUUGACCUACCUGGACGCCUUCUGGCGGGACUACAUCAACGGCUCACUUUUGGAAGCCCUGAAGGGCGUUUUCAUCACAGACUCUCUGAAGCAGGCAGUGGGCCACGAGGCCAUUAAGCUCCUGGUGAAUGUGGAUGAGGAAGACUACCAAGCUGGCAGGAGGAAGUUGCUGAGGAAUCUAGUGGCAGGAGGUGCCAGUGCAGGGACGGGGAGCAGGGAGGGUCCCUUUUCCUAGUGGUGGGAUUGACUCGAGAAAGAAAUGGAAUUGCUACUUUUUGGAGAGGUGAGAUGAGUAUUCUCAAAGUGACACAGUAGAACAGAUGAAGACGGAGCACUUUAUUUUUUACUCUCUCUCAAGUGUUUCACCUGUUGUAACCAUAUAUAGUAAUACCAUUCCAAAAUGUAGGAGACGUUCGGCAUCAUCGGCCAUCUGUCGCAUUAUGACUCUGAUUUUUGAAUAAUUUUAUUUUUGUUGACCAUGCCAGUGGUUGUGUUAAGUGAAAUAUUUACGUGCAAAAUAGACCGCUGGUUCAUUCAGUCUGUACAAAUCAAUAAAA